AUGUCGAUGGUCAGUAUCCUUCGACGGGCAGUGCUCCCAACGCUGCGACGACAAGCUUUCGUACCCGCAUUGCAGAGAAACCUCACAACGCAGCAAAAGGAGAUUGUCAAAUCUACUAUUCCCGCCCUCCAGGAGCAUGGCGUGACUAUUACGACUUUAUUCUACAAGCGCAUGCUUGAAGCUCAUCCCGAACUCCAAAACAUCUUCAAUACCGCCCACCAAGAAACUGGAGAGCAACCCGCUGCCUUGGCGCACGCCGUAUGGGCAUAUGCGAGCAACAUUGAUCAUCCGGAAGCAUUGAGCGCUGCGGUAUCUCGAAUUGGCCACAAGCAUGCCAGCCUAGGCGUGACAGCAGACCAGUACCCUAUUGUAGGUGAGCACCUGUUGGCCGCCAUCAAAGAGGUCUUAGGACCCGCAGCCAGCGAAGAUAUCCUGAGCGCUUGGGGUGCGGCCUAUCAACAACUCGCCGAUAUCUUCAUCAACUUUGAAGAGGGCCUUUACCAGCAAGGUUUGAAGACACCCGGUGGAUGGAAAGGAUGGCGCAAGUUCUUCAUUUCCGACAAGAAAAUCGAAAGCGACGAGAUCAUCUCCUUCCAUCUAGUUCCUGUCGACAAGGACAAGCUUCCAACGUACAAGCCAGGUCAAUUCGUUACAGUGCGAUGCUAUGUUCCCGAAUUGGCCUCCUAUCAACCCCGUCAAUACAGUCUAUCUGAUUCACCGACCCCAGACCACUUCCGGAUCUCAGUUAAGAGAGAAUUCGCGACGGGACCUAAACCAGCCGGUCGCGUCUCGAACGUCCUCCAUGAGUCGUUGCCAGUCGGCGCAGAGUUAGACGUCAGCAUGCCAUUCGGUGAUUUUGUUCUCGAUAUUAAUGCCACAACUCCGGCUGUGCUGAUCAGCGGAGGCGUGGGGUUGACGCCGAUGAUGUCCAUGCUGAAAUUCAUUAUCGAUCAACAAGGCCAAGCACGUAAAGUCGUUUUUAUCCAUGCUGCUCGGAACGGUCACGUUCACGCCAUGAAAAAGGACCUUGCGCACAUCGUUGCCCAAAACCCAUCAGUUAGCCGGUCGGUGUUCUACGAGGAAGCAACUGCGCAGGACAAGAAAGGCGUGGACUAUGACCACAUCGGUCGUGUGGACAUGGCGCAAAUUAAAGAUCAGGCCGUCUUAGCCGAUGCGGAUUACUACAUCUGUGGACCCCAGCCAUUUAUGAAAGCACAGAGUCAGAGUUUGGAGAGCUUGGGCGUCUCGCCAGAUCGAAUCCACAUGGAGGUAUUCGGUUCUCCUUCGGGUUAA